AAAUUUAAUGAAUAGUCCAAGGUCUCAGUGUUCCGCUAAGCGAAAAGUGCUGAACUCCAUUUUGCAACUCCUCUCGACGCUUCCUUUGAACCUAACCUCAAAAUGGCCAAAGAGCGAACAGAAACGCCGGAAGAUGAACACGGAGCUCCAUCUAAACGACACCGUCACAAAUCAAAAUCCAAAACGGAGUACGAAUCCGAAUCUGAACCCGAACCAGAACCAAAACGAGAAGCGAAAAAGCACAAGAGAAGUCGAAGUCGAAGUUUGAGGAGAAGAUCACGGGACGAUUCGUCGGAUUCGGAUUCUUCAUCUUCCGGAGAAGAUUCGUAUUCGGACUCGGAAGACUCGUAUUUAGAUUCAGAUACGGAGUCGGGUAGUUCGGAGUAUUCGGAUGAGUCGGAGGAUGAGAGGAGGCGAAGAAAGAGGAGAGAGAGGAAAAGAAGAGAGGAAAAAGAGAAGGAGAAGAAACGAAAGCUGAGGAAAGAGAAGGAGAAGAAGAGGAAAAGGAAGGAGAAAGAGAAGAAGGAGAGAAAGAAGAAGAAGAAAGAGAAGGGGAAAGUUGGUGCUGUUACGAACUCUUGGGGCAAAUAUGGAAUUAUCAAGGAAACUGAUAUGUGGAACAAGCGACCAGAGUUUACUGCAUGGUUAGCAGAAAUAAAGAAGGUGAAUCUGGAGAGCCUGCCAAACUGGGAAGAGAAGCAAUUAUUCAAGCAAUUCAUGGAGGAUCAUAACACCGCAACCUUCCCUUCUAAAAAAUAUUAUAACCUUGAUGCCUAUUAUAGAUGUAAAAUGGAAAAGGAAAACAAAAGAGGUAUCAAGAAGGUCGUGGAUACUGAACGUACUGUCUUCGAUGAUGAAGAACAGCGCAGGCAAGAAUUGCUGCGAGAACGUGAAAAGCACAAGGAAGAACAGGUGGAAGCAUUGAAGCGGGAGAUGCAGAGUGGAAUGGCACAAGCAAUGAAAGAACAAGCUCAAUUAAAAGAAGAGAUGGCUUAUCAAUACAAGCUUGGCAACUUUGAGGCUGCAGCUGCUAUCCAAAGACGUUUGGACCCAGAUCUUCCUAUGUAGAUGAGGUCCUGCAAAAUUUUGUUCUAGGCUAAUUAUUCUGCUCUCUUCAUUUUGUUUGAGCAAAUAUGAUUGUAGAUUCUUCAGCAAGUCUGUCCUUGUCUUACUAGAUACUAGGCUAGUUGAGUUAAAAUCUGGUUCAUGUACUAUUUUGUAACAUUAUCUGCCGUCCAUCCUUUCACUUUGUGCUCCACCAUAAUGCUGUUAAUCUCUAGUGAUAAUUUACCUUGCAUUAA